UAGGAGGAAAAAAAUCAACGCCAACACCAGCCAACACCGCCAACGCUUUCGUUCAUCAUCGAGAAGUUGGAACUUGGAAAUGUCACAAGAAAGCGGAGCAGAAACAAGGAGGCUAUAAACAAUACCCUUCUAAUCUCUUUGAACAGGAAGCCCGCCAACCGCGUGCCUGUGGGCGAGGAGGAUACGUAUUAUGCAAGCAUGUGCAAGCGAAAGCAGCGAAAGUGCUUUAGUGCGAGUCACAGUUUAUCAUGCUUUCUCUUUUCUCUCUGUGAUGCAAGCCAUCGCGGUUUGUCGCGGUGCAUACAAUGCUCACCUCCGAUGCUGGUGUUGUCACGUUAGCGUUUGUUUGCUCGUGAUUGCCGGCGAGCUUUAACUGACGAGCGAUAUGUCAGCAACGCACCGUGCGGAUUCCGGCCCGUUUGCCGAUCGCGGCGUCGAAGAGCCCGCAGCCCGAGUAUCAGUCGUCGAUCUCGCCAGUGUGCUCGGCGAACUGUCCCCGCUGAACCGAGUGCAGCUCGCGUUCUUUCUCUACGGGGUGUCGGCUCCUGCGCAACGUCGAGAGCUGCUCGCCUUUGUGGUUGGCGACGCGACGUUCGACGUGGUGAAGGACGCCCUCGACGCCGCGACGGCGGCCGGCUCCGAGACCCUGAUCGUCGAGAUCAUGUACGUGAUGGAGAAGUUCGCGCUCCUCAGGAAGACCAUGAACUUGUGUCAGCACGCGGCGGAGCGGCUGUACGGAUCUCCCAAGAGGAUAUCCGAGUUUUGGAGAAAACUGGGUGCCUUUUGUGAAGCAUGCCAAGAAGCUGAAGCCCACGACAUCGUAAAACACUUUCUGCCUGAUGUGCCGUUGGACCGUCUGCAGCCCGCCGAAGCGGUCGUUCUCUGGCUUUAUGAAAACGGCAUACUCAAAGAUGGCGACUGCUCCAGGCUGUAUGAAUACAUCACGGGUCGUUACGAUGAGGAGCUAGUCAAAACCAUUCGACCACCAAGUGAGGAACGUUACCCCAUGGUCCACAGCCCUCACGGCAGGGCGAUCAUUAUCAACCACGACAGCUUCAGAGAUCCGGACAACGUGGUGAAGCUGGACACACGCAGCGGAACAGCACGGGACGUUGAUGCUCUGCGGUGCUUGUGGGAAGAAUUCGGCUUCGAGGUCGAAGUCUGGCAGGACAAGACGGGCGUCGAACUCAACCAACUGCUCGCCGAGCUGGGACAGCGCGACCUCGCAAGUUUCGAUGCGUUUGUGCUAGUCAUCCUCUCCCAUGGAUACAAAGGCGGGUUCUACGCGAGCGACUGCAAGCGGGUGAGCCUGGAGACCGUCGAGAGCUUCCUGUGCAACCGGUGCGAAGCGCUCAGGGGAAAGCCGAAAGUAGUCUGCGUCCAGGCGUGUCAGACCAACGACUCCGUGGACGAAGUCAACUGCGACGCCCUGGGGUCUGGUUCACCGAAGCCACCGCCGGGCAGCUUGCAAGAAGUGAUGGUGGGCGGCCCGAACGUCUUGGGAACGGCACCAAACCGUGCCGACAUGCUCAAGUUCAUGUCCACGAUACCCAAUUACGUGUCGUACCGCGACCCAGACGUGGGGAGCGUGUUCGUGCGGGAGUUUGUGUCGGUGGUGAGGGAGAACUGGCGCAGCAGGGACCUCGUGGAGAUGGCGACCAUCAUCAACGACCGGAUUGCCAGCAAGGCCAUCCCCGUGCUGAUCCGUGGGCUGGACUUCCUGUGGGACAGGCAGGUCUCGGAGGUUACGUCGUCGCUGCGCAAGAAACUCUUCCUCCGCAUGAGGUGACGGCAACGGCGACGACGUCCUGGCAUGCCGCGGAAGUUUCACAUCGUGCGGGCUGCUCUACCUUUACGAUGACGACGAUGAUGGUUAUGACGACGUCAGUUAAAAUGUUCUCCUUGUGUGAACGCUGAAAUUGCACGCCGGACGAGCUGACGCUUUUCGUCUCUAAACAGGAGGCGACAAUGUUCUUUUUUUUUUUUUUCGGAAGUCAGAUACAUUGUGUGGAUGUUUAGACGGCUGUGUAUCAAGGUCCCUUCACACACUUGCAUUUCUUGCGACCGUGUGCCUUAAUACCUAAAAAAAUACUCUUACGAUGAGAGAACGCACUGGCACACUGGCUCCAUCUAUGAGGCAACCCUGGAACCGAAUUUCACUAGAGCGAAGGAUUUACAGUAUUUACAAGAUUGAAUGUACAUACUGUCUAUGAGAAAUGGUCGUUCAUGACAAUGUUAAAAGUUUACCAAGCAAAAACGAAAAAAAAUAAAAGGAUGAUGCGCAAAAAGAAUGGAAAUUAUAGAGCAACUGAAAGUGUUUUCCCGGCUUCCCAAUACAUGGCAGCAGUGUGUCCUCUCAGUGAUGUGAUUGCUGCGUCAAUUGCACCAAACUGCGCCAAGGGUCUAACCUUGCUACAUCCUGCUACAUUUUACCAAAAUAUGGCUAAUAUGCGCCAAGCCUGCGCCAAAGGACCAAUUUUGGUCACCUUUCAAAAACGAAACUAGACUGAGAACCGUGAGCUAGGUGGCACAAGACGCCGCCCGACACAAAGUACCCUGUAUCAAUCGUGUAUUCGGUCUUGCAUGAUUUUUCCCGCCUUUCUCGCGUUUCGCACUCUCGUCGUCUCAAAAAUCUCGUCUCGCGUCUUUUUUUUUUUUUUUUUUUUUUUUUGCGAUAGACGUGGGCGUGUGUUGACGCUCCAACGUUAGUGUGCAAGGUGCCAGACAUGCCGUGAUACUGUGAAACAAAAGCAUGUUUUUGCGCGGCGAGAGUUACUUUGCGAGCUGAAGUGCUCGCGCGACCACAGUCGCCGUGGUCGCGCAACGUCGUGUAUUGCCGUCCCCACGUCGCUGCAGAUAUGGCGCUUUCCAAACUGAAACGCAUCGACAUUCCUGCUCUUGUUUAAAUCAUACGCUGCUAUAAAAAUCCCUCUAACUCAAUGAAUGCUUGGCGAAGUUUUGAUUACCUAGGUUUCUCUCGGUGGGCUUUCUUUCGAGAGGGACCCCGGUACAGGAAAAAUCUGCCGCGAGAGAAAGUUGGUAAAGAGAAGUGAGCUAAAGCAAAGAAGGAAAUGUUCACACGCUGAACCCGCACACCGCUCCCGUUUGUUCGAGUUCAGUCGUUGCACAAAGCGCUCCAAGACCUUUUUGACCCUGAUUGGCAAUGUUUUGCAUCGAUACGCUCAGGUUCUUUUUUUUGGUUAGCCUGUACCUCGCCUGCCGGCCUGGCAAGUCAUGCCGCUGGACUGUUUUCUGUCGUAUGCCGGACAGUUACAUUUUGCAGACUAUUUUGGGAAUCAGUUGGCGGCGGAGCGGAGUGGCGUGGUUUUGGUCGAACAGCUGUUGUCUCCGCUCGCGCGACAAAGCACGUUUGACUGCAAGCCUGCCGAAGUUGCCCUCACGUGCAUGUGAACAUGAUUGCACGAGAGGUACCAGCUAGGAUGCUGGCAAUCCAUUGUUUUACGUUUGCUUGCUUUUUAUACAAAUCUGCCACGUCGGGAACCAGUAAAACGAUAGCAAGUGUUUUUUUCUUCUUUUUUUUCGGUAUUGCUCGGCAACGCCUACAGCACUGUAUAUUGUGAGAUGUCUCAGCAGCAGAAACACAAGCAGCGAGUUCUGCCCAACACGUCACAACGCAACACAAAGUGCCCUUCUUUUGUCCAGCACAUAAAACUAAUAUUUAUUUUUUUAAGAAUAUAUAUGCUCCAAAAGCUACUUUUUUUUCUGCUCCGAAACACUGUUUUGGCUGCUUAAAAAAUCACUUUUGGUGCUCCAAAACACCGUCUUGGCUGCUCCAAAGGCCACAUUUGCUGCUCCGAAACACUGUUUUGGCUGCUACAAAAGGUGCUCCAAAAUGGCUUAGGCCAAUCACAUCACUGCCUCUCCUCAUAAGAGAUUUUAAGACGUUUUAAGGCACGCGGUUGUAAGCAGUCACACGUGUGUGACCGGGCCUUUAGUCUGCCCUACAACGGCUUUUGCUGCCUCCACUCUGAAUGGGCGAUCUGGCAAGUGAAACGAGACUGCUAAGCUGGGGUCUUGGCAUGCAUCAGGCAGCAACUCUCGGCCACCCGGUCCCACCCCUUUUUGUUCAGUGUGGACGUUCCUGUUUUUUGCGGCCUUGUCUACAUUCGCCCAGUUGGCAAAGUGCUUCUUGCUCGGUGGCAAGUGAGUCGCUUGACAACACUGAGUGAUGCAUGGUCACUUCGUGCUCUAUAACCGUAACCGCUGCGGCCUGGCUGGGUUACGUUUGCUGUGAUGCAUCACACCUUGUUUGUUGGGCAAACUUCUUUUUACUAUCCUGCCAAGACUGGCAUAGUUCUGACAGCGUUGUGCACCCUCUUGCGGUGAGAAAGGCGGGUGAGGGAACUUUGCUGUCUUCUUUUUGGUGGAGAGGGGUCAUUCCUUGCCUUCCUUUGCUAUCGGAGCACUGGGGAAGCUUUGAACCUAGGUCAACAUUGUCCCUGCGUGCAGUCAUAUGUCACUGUUGCAUGUUAAUGACCCCAGGCUAACAGUGCAACUGCACUGGAUAGACUCAAUGCUGCUUACACGUCCAUGUAUCUAAUUUCUGGAGAAGCGAUGCUUGCCUUGGCCUACAUUGCACAACCAUUUAAGAGUGAGGUCAUAUUUUGGUGGGCAGAGUAAUGCCAAUUUUCGGUCAUAGCAAAAAAAAAAAAAAAAAAAAAAUGGGAGAAACAAUUAUUGAGAUACAGCAUUUGCAAAGUACCGGCCAAGGAAAUGAGUAGAGCUCGAACGAAAAUGUUCUGUGCUUUCCCCUCUGCAACAUGCACGCUUUUCAACUACUGGUUACAGGAGAGCUGGUGGAAAACAAGAAGCAGACUCAAAAUGUCUCAAGCUGUUUGAAGUUUACUUAUAUACAAUAUAGUGCCAUUUUGCCUUCUAGCAGGUGACAUGCUGAGGAGGGAGCAGUCUCAUAUGAGCAUCCUUUUCGUUCUAAUAAACUCAUUUUUUACUAAAAAA